GUUCUAUACAAGCAAUUGAACGAGCUUUCUCUUUAUUGGGAAUGGAAAAAAUCCCAAUCUCCAUAAUUUUCCCAAGUGGUGUAGCCAUGUGGUCUGUUUUUCUCUUGUUUUCUGCCUCAGUAGUAGGAAUUUCCUCUAGUCCUGACACCCACAUAGAGAAUUCUAAAGAGAAUGUGCAUAGGGAGUGUGGUUACACUAGAUAUCCUGACCUCUGCAUGGACACCUUGUUAGGGUUAGGGCACCAACAUGGUGAUAUUUUGCCUGCCCUAGUUGAAAAGAUUAGAGAUGAGACCAAGAUGCCCACGUCAAAUCCAAGCCACAAGCAAGUGGGCCUACUAACGCAACGUGCCCAUGUUUCCACCAUAGGAGACUGUGAGGAGCUUAUGGAAAUGUCUGUCAAACGACUCAACCAAUCUCUCUAUGCUCUCAAAGACUCUCCUUCAAAAAACAAACUAAACAUCCAAACAUGGCUCAGUGCUGUGUUGACGUUUCAACAGUCUUGCAAAGACUCAGUCAAAGACUUCUCCGACGACCUUGUUUUGCAAAUUUCCGGCGAGAUGGACCAUCUAUCCAAGCUGGCUAGUAAUGCUCUAGCCCUAGUCAACCGUAUUUCCGGCCACCGGAAAAAUACUACCAGACCCGACGGCAAUUUUCCGACGUGGGUGUACCGUAGAGAUCGAAAACUGCUACAGGCAACUGUAAUACAUGCGGAUGCAGUGGUGGCGCAAGAUGGGACAGGUAAUUACCGGACAAUCUCCGAAGCGAUCAAUGCAGCUUCUGGCGGACGGUAUGUAAUUCACGUGAAAUCGGGUGUUUAUAAGGAGAAGAUCCACAUAAACAAGGAUGGAAUUACAUUGAUCGGUGAUGGGAGGUUUUCAACACUAAUCACCAGUGAUGAUAGUGCCGCUGGUGGCAAUAAAAUGGCUGGAUCGGCAACACUCGCUGUUUCUGGUGACGGAUUCAUCGCACAAGAUAUCGGAUUCCAAAACUCUGCUGGACCCGAAGGCGGCCAGGCCGUUGCUCUUAAAAUCACAUCCGACCGUUCAGUUCUCUACAGAUGCAGCAUCCGAGGCUACCAAGACACCUUAUAUGCACUCGCACUCCGUCAGUUCUACAGAGACUGUGACAUUCAUGGAACCGUUGAUUUUGUCUUCGGAAACGCAGCUGCCGUCUUCCAAAACUGCUACCUCAUUCUCCGUCGACCUCAACACAAAGCAUACAAUGUCAUCUUCGCAAACGGAAGAUCAGACCCUGGCCAAAACACAGGCUUCUCCAUCCAAAAUUGCAAGAUCAUGGCUAGCUCUGAUCUUUCACCAUUCAAGCAUUCAAUCCCAUCCUACUUAGGAAGACCAUGGAAGAUGUAUUCAAGGACGGUGAUCAUGCAAUCAAGCAUCGAUGAUGCCAUUGCACCCAGAGGCUGGAUUGAGUGGGAGGGAAGUUUCGCCCUUAAGACACUGUAUUUUGCUGAGUAUCUGAAUGUUGGACCUGGGGCUGGUACCUCUAAAAGGGUACAGUGGCCUAGCUAUCAUGUCAUUGGGUCUGAAGAGGCUGGUAAAUUUACAGUGGGUCGGUUCAUCGGUGGAACUUCAUGGCUUCCUUCCACAGGAGUAACAUUCUCUCCGGGGCUUUGAUUUGGAUUGAAAUGUUUUUACGAUGUGGGUCCCUAUCGGAUUUGAUGAUGGAUGAAGUUGGGAUUUACGCUUUCAAAUGAAAAUAAAAUAAACAUGGCUAAUAGAUAGAUGUGUGA